UCUCGAUAAAGUUGAUGAAAGGACUGGCUGGAAGGUCGAGAAUAAACAGCGUUUAUAAGCAGCAGUGGAUUAAUCAGUUUCCUUCAAGUUUGAGAGAGAGAGAGGCAUACAAAGUAGCUCUUCAUUUCAUUUAACUGAAAUUGGUUUUACCAUAAUCUAUCUACUUAGAAAACUGCAUGCCUUAUUACAUGGAAUCUGAUAGUUCAGACCCCUCAUCACCAUUUCCAGAUGAUUGCAGAAUAGACAGAAUCGCUAUAAAUUUGCUCCAGCAGCUGCAUUCGAAAGAAAAGAACCUUUUAAGAAAUGUUAAUAACAUCGUUAAACAUCAACCUCUCACGGCCAAAAAUAUUUUCACGCAUAAUAUUCAUGGUUGGACCUUUGCACAUGCCUGCGUUUUACGAGGCAAUAAAGAACUAGUACAAAAGGUCUUAGAUUCUGGAGUAAGUAUCAACAGUCAAUUAGGUGAAUCGACUGACGGAAUCCCAGGUAACUGCACAUUGUUGCAUAUAGCAGCGUACAGAGGUGAUCCACAAAUCGUUGAAUUUCUCUUGUCUCGUAAAGCUGACAUAUCUGCCGAAGAUAGCUUCAAGGAUAAACCGAUCGCUUACGCUCGACAUCACAAGCAUCACAAAGUGGUUGCGUAUCUCGAGAAAGCUUCCCAGAAACACAACUAUGAAGACAAUGUUCAGAAACGGUUCAAGUUUUUUUCAAAUCUUUCAAACAGACUCACCCGUGUUCGUUGAGAAUAUUAUGUAAUAGUCAGACAUUCACACAGCCGUACACACUCACAUGGAUACUCAUAUACUAACAGAAACAUACACGCAUAUACAAAUGUGCUUGGACAUAAGGACAUACUUACAUACACUUUCCGUAUAAAUGCUGUUCUACACCAAACUAUGUAUACAUCUACAUAGGCUUGAACUGCAGCACGUAUCAAAAUGUACGUAAAUAAAUGCAACAUCCAAUGGCUGUUUAGUACAGCCACCCAGCUAUGUCCACAACAUUACAAAAGUAUAAGCGCAGUCGUGGCUGUAUUGUUAAGACGCUCCCUUUACAACCACAUGGUCUCAAGUUCAUCCCCAUUGCGCCGUAACUUGGGUGAGUGUCUGCUAAUAUAGAUCUGGGUUGAGCUAUGUCAUGUGAAUGAAUUUGGCCGACGGAAACUGCAUGGAAGCCCAUCGUAUAUAUAUAUAUAUAUAUAU